GACACGUAGAGAAAAAAGUCUGAAGAAAUUCUUUAAGGAAGCUGCCAUUUGCCUUAUUUUGCCAGCAUAAACGUGGAUAAAACUGUCUAUCAGAAGAUAUACACUUUUAAAAUGCAGUCUUUCUCUUCUGAGUAAACAAAUACAAACAUUGAUGAAUCAUCAUGCACUCGGGGGUGUUCUUAUUCUGCUGGAUCUAUCUGUUGCCUUUGACACUGUCAAUCAUCAGAUCCUCCUGUCCACCCUCUCAUCACUGGGCAUCAGAGGGAUUCCACUUCACUGGUUUGAAUCCUACCUCACUGAUGAUCCAAUGGUAGCUGCACGGAUCUCAGGCUGCCUGGCAGACAUCUCGGCAUGGAUGAAAGAACAUCACUUACAGCUCAACCUGGCAAAGACUGAGCUUCUUGUCUUCCCUGCCACUCUGACUCUACAGCAUGAUUUCACCAUCCAGCUAGGUUCUUCUACAAUUACCCCAUCAACUACGGUCAGAAAUUUUGGUGUAAUCUUUGAUGACCAGCUGACCUUCAAAGACCACAUUGCAAAGACUGCUCGAUCUUGCAGGUUUGCACUACACAACAUCAGAAAGAUCAGGCCCUUUACAACGGAACAUGCUGCACAACUUCUUGUACAAGCCCCUUCUAGGCUGGACUACUGCAAUGCUCUUCUGGCUGGACUUCCAUCAUGCACAAUGAAACCUCUACAAAUGAUUCAGAAUGCAGCAGCACAACUGGUCUUCAACGAGCCCAAAAGAGCUUAUGUUACACCUCUCUUUAUCUCCUUGCACUGGCUACUGGUUGCGGCUCACAUCAAGUUCAAGACAUUGAUGCUUGCAUAUAAAACAACCACAGGUCCAGCACCCGCCUACUUCCACUCACUAUUAUGAAUCUACACCCCCUCCAGAAGUCUGAGAUCUACAAGUGAGUGGCGCCUCAUGGUACCAUCACAGAGAAGGUCACAAUCAUUUUCAUUCACUGUUCCUGGCUGGUGGAAUGAUCUUCCCACCCCUAUCCGGAAUGCUGAAUCCCUGACAAUUAUCAAGCGACAGCUGAAAACUCUUUCGACACUACUUGACUUCAUACUAAAAAAAUAAAUAAAUAAAAACUUUGUCUUUGUCUUUAUUUAUCCCUUCCCUUUCUAGCUUGUACUUAUUUGAACAAUGCCUGAAACUUGGUAUUACGAGCACUUCCUGUGUCUGUUUGCCUCUUUUAGAAGAAUGGCUUUAUGUACUCCCCAAUUGUAAGUCGCUUUGGAUAAAAGCGUCUGCAAAAUGACUAAAUGUAAAUGAACAGAAUUUUGUCCAAUCAAAUGGUCUCUAGAAUGAGAAUGUCCCUCCACCGAUAUGACAUUCCUCUGGCUAGAAAUAGCAAGUUGCAAGUCACCGUUCAGUUUGAUAUUAUUCUGACACGUUAUUUUCGCCAGUGUUGCAAGAUAAAAGCAAGCACAGCGCUUUUACUGCAUGUAAAAUUAUGACCUAGCAGCUUAAUCUGAUAAAUUAUUAAUAAUAUAAUUAAUAAUGCAUGUCUUACUUUAUAGCCUUAUUAGUAUUUUUUACAUUACAGGCAAUUUCCAAGUUAUACUUAGAAAUAAGAAGUGUUUAUUAAUUAAUUUACCUUGUGCAUCUAACACAUUGCUAUUCCUUUCCAGUAUACUUGACAACAAUUUCACAUUACGCUUAUUUUUGUUGAAUGAAAAAUAAAACAUCUGAGAUUUCAUAUCUGGAACACCCUAUAAUGACAAAUUUCCAAGGAUGUUUGGACACUCACUAAUCAGUACUUGUUGAGCUUUUGUUUGUGUUAUGAUUUAAUCAUCAACUGCUCGACUUGAUUUGCAAUUCUUUGGUUGAUUUGUGCUUUUUAAUUUAGUGGACUUCCAGACUACAAAUCGCAUAUUGCACUGUAAACUGCAGUCACCGUUUUUUCAUGUGUGGCUUUUUUAUCAUGUAAUCAACACACUACACAAUCAGACCCACCUCAGAGCAUUUCCCUUUCAUCCCUGAAAUAAAUCAGAAGACAGCACAAUCAUCCUUGAGACCUGUAGAAGGUCGAAUCAACAAAACAGCUUGCAGCCCUAAAUGAGAACUAGCACACAGCAUAGCAACACCACAGUCUCUAGCCUCUUCAGUUCAGAGAUGGGAAAAAUUGCUAACAAUGUCAUGAACUCCUGCAUAUUAAAAAGCAAAAUGACUAUACAAUAUUCUAUACAGGUAUAUUGCAAUAUGUUGAAGAUUUGGAUAUGAAAUCUGUUAUUAUUCUUUUCUUUUCUUUGUAUUUUAUUAUUUCCCCAGUGUUGCUAGAUAAAAACAAGCAUUUCACUGCAAGUAAAAUGUUGAACCAGCAGCUUAAUGAGAUAAAAAUAUUAAUAAAUAUAUUUUUUUAUCUACAUUACAGUGUCAUGAUAUGGCUAAAUAACAUAUACUUAGAAACAACAAAUAUUUAAUGUUUAAUUUACCUGGAGCAUCUAACACAUUACAUAUUUAGCUAUAUUAAUUUACCAGUAGCUAUACUAGAUAUAAAUUUCAUACUUCACUUGAAAUUGCUGUAUGAAAGAAGUAUCUGAGAGUAAUAUCUUAUAAUGACAAAUUUUUAUUAAAGGUGAAAAUCCAAUUAUACAAUAAAUAUGUAAAUAAACACAAUUAUCACCCAGAGUGGGGUGUUAUUCUCACAUACGGCUAUUUUUGAUUUGAUUUCUAAGUUGUAAAAAUAAAUAAAUAAAUAAUCUCCCUUCCAAUCUAAAACACACAGAAGUUGACCUGACAACAUAUCACCAUACGUCAAGAACAAUAAUUUCACAUUCUGACAAAUACCAUAUACUGUGCUUUGGCAUCAUUAGAGGCACCAUGUUUCUGCUGUCCAAGUAAACAUUUGCUUCAUGAACAUUAAAUGACAUUAAAUUAAUUUUUAAAUUAUUAAAAUGAUCUUUUUCAAACAUCUGAUAUGCAAAAGAUCUGAAUCCUCCAAUUUAUGCAGUUAAAAAAAAAAAAAAAAUCAUUUUAUAAAGUUCUCACCUAAAUCUGAAAAUUAAAAUCAUGCAACAAUAUUGUAAUUUUAUCAUAACAUAUACAAUUUAUAUUCAAUUAACUGUAUGAAAAAUAUUUGUAAUUAUCAAAAAAAACAACAACAACAACAACAACAACAACAUUUGCAUUGAACCCUGUUACUAUAUGAGUUUCCUUGAAAAAAAAAAAAAAAUCUUCCUAUAAAAUUGUGACAAACAGUCUCAAAUUCCCAUCUUUGGGACUUUCUGCAUGGUAAAAACUCUUAUUCACCAUUCAGCAAGGUCAGCCUCAGUUAUUGUAAAAUAAAAUGAUCAAAUAAAUAUGUUUAGAUAGAAAUUUGGGACCAACAGUUAACAAACUAACCACAAACUGAAAGAUACAUUUCAGCAACAGAGUUGCAAAAAUUGCUUAUGAAUAUAAACUCAGUAAUAAGGUUUGACCUCCCAAAUUAGACCAUCACCAUUUUCUGAAGGUAAAGCACACUCUUUCUCUGACUAUUUGUUCAAAAUAAGACCUAAAACUUUCUCUGAAAAUGUGUCUGGUAUACUGGACAUUUGGCCUGAGGAGAUUUACAGUAGCUAUUCAAACACAAACCCCAAACCCUAUCUGUCCUGGCGCCAAGGUGGCCUGUCCAUUCACUCCAGCUCUAUAGGGAGACACGAAUGAAUGAACUUAAAAGAAAGAGAGCAAGAAAAAGCCAGAGAAUGCCUGCGGGAUUGCUACGCAGACACAUUACCUGCCCAGUCAGCUAAAACUGGUGUGUAAACACACACCGGAGAAAGAGAGAUGAAGGCAGUCGAGUCAGAGCUGGCGAAGCACCAUAAGGGAGACGUCCUCCCGUGUCUCUUCAGAUGGAGCGUUAUAGAUGAGCGAGCUCCUCUCAACCACCAGAGAGAGUCUGAAUGAAUGAUUCAUAGGCAGCCCCUUACUGUAGCUCCCAGUGCUGAAUCAUUUCUUGUUUUAUCUCUCGCCUGCACUAUGAAUUCUCAGAACAAAGACUCGGGAUAACAAGAGAUCGCCUACGUUAGGGAGGAGCGCUCUGACACCCAGUACUGUCUCACUGCUACGCUAUUAUCUCAGCAGAGAAUUACUUCUGGAACACUUUGUUACUUUCAACUACAAAAUGAAGAACUUGUUACAUGGUAGUUCCAUAUCACAAGUGUUUCUAAUUCACAACCAGAGGGUCUGAGAGACAAGAGAAUAAGGAAGUCUACUCGUUUAGUGUAAUUACCGUUAUUGGUUUGUGCAGUUUCCAGGAUCAAGUAGCUGUGAGAUGUUACAUGUAGAGCAGCACAGGUCUCCAAACACAAACCCACACAGCUAACACAACUAAGUCGCUAAACUCAAAAUAAAAUUCUAAAUUUAAUUCAAAAUAAAAAUUGAAUUAUUGCUUUUGAAAGGAAAUUGAUCUAUAAUGUUGAUGGGUGAUUUAUAAUGUUGUUACAAAAUAUUUCCGUCAAAUAAAUUCUGCUCUUUUCAACUUUCUAUUCAUCAGGAAAAUGAAUAAUUGUAAUAUCUAUAUACAUAUAAUAUCUAUUUAUAUUUAUAAUAUUAAUCAGCACAAACGUUUUCAACAUUGCAAUAGUGCAAUAAGGAAAAGAAUAUUUUAGGACCAUUAUGAGUUUUAUUUGUUUUAUAAUUAUUUUUAUUUUCCAUGACAUUAUUUUCAUGAAUGUUAGGAACAUAUUCCCUUUUUGUGCAAAUUCCCAUUGACUCAUUGAAAUUCUCAAAGAUGAAUUAAACUUAACAUGACAUUUUAAAGUUUUAAAGUUGAUAUGAUUCUUUAGGGUCUUAAUUAAAAGUCUGUAACAUACUUUGGUUAAAAUUUCUCAAGGGUAGUGUAAAAAACACCUUUUAUUGCCUGUCAAAAUCAGCUCUGUUUUCAGUAAGCCAUUCUAGUCCAUGUUGCUUUAAAUGCUAAUAAACUCUGCUGACCCCGCCCCUCUCUUCCGUGGGGUGACGAGCAGACUGUAAACUUCAGCCGCGAAACUGGCUAACUAGCACAUUAUUAGGAAAGGCGAUUUACAAAGAUUAAUUAAAAACCCCUUAUACUCACUUCUUCUGUAGGUGAGGCUGGAUCACGAAUGAUUCGCGCGAACAUAGACGCAUUUAGGCAGAUUGGGGAUAGGCGCAUUCCUUUCAAAAACGAAAGUAACGUUAAUCCUCUGCGUCUUCAGCGGCUCAGAUGUCGGGAAUAAAUAACGACUGCUAUAUUCAUUAUUAUAUCCAACAACUAAACACCUCAAUCGCUUAAUUGGAGGCAUUCUUGUCUUCCCCUGCACCGGAGUCGACACAAUAUUGGACAGCUCUCAGCUCACUCAGUGCGGGUCUAAGGUAAGACGGUCUUGUCAAUCAACUAUUGUGGGAGCGGUCUGUGCAGAACUACGUCAUUCUGACAGGAAUCUCAGAACAGAUAGGGAUUUAAAUUUUUUUUUUUUAUCAUUACAGGAUGGACGUGUAAACACACUUCAGACACACAUGUAUGUUCAAACAACUUGUAAAGUGAAUUUUGCAUCCGAUGACCCCUUUAAAAAUGUGGUAAAUUAUUAUUUAUAUUUCAAGUAUUCUUCAAGUGUUCAUCAAAGGGUCCCCAACAGCUUAUAUUCAUCUAUGUUUAGUCAUACUUCAUGCUAUUUAGGCUUUUACUUUAGCUCUAACUGAAAGGCCAGUCUACUCUUUAAUGUUAUAGGAAAAACAGGUGUAUGUGUGUGUAAAAAUAGGUUAAAUAUCAUUAAAAUAGCCUUAAAUAUAUAUUUUUUUACUCUUUUUUUUUUAAGUUAUUGUUUAUUUAUUGAUGAUGAUGAUGCUUAUUAUUAUUAUUAUUAUGUGGAAAAAAUAUGACCUGUUCACAUGUUUUGUAACAUAAAUAAAAAUCUCUGGGCAGAUCUGUAUUCAUUAAAAAUCAUACUUUAAGCCACCAUUCAGAAAUAAUUCCACUUCUGAUGUAACCUUUUUAUGAGGUUUUUAAAGUACCAAGAAGCAGUGUUGCAUAUAAAAAUGCCAUCAAUGACGUUUAUCCAACAACAUUACUGCAAAGACACCGUUGUGGCAUGCUGUAACUCAAAUUACACCUAAAAAGCCUUAAGAGGAUCAAAAUGCCAAACUGCUCACAAUUUAGAUUCUCUAUGGGGGGAAAGUGAGUAAUCUCAGGCUUAAUGGACA